AUGCGUUUCAAAAUCGCCCUUUUGCUCAUUUUACUCGCCACAACUCUAAUCGAGUCAAAAAGAUCACGAGGCCGGAGUCGCGGUUCUUCGUCCGGUGGUACGGGCUUCUGGACCCGGAAAAAAUCCAACGAAGGCAAGGCCAAAACUCCGGGAAGUCAACCGGAAAUCAAGAAGGAGACAUCGCAAGUGCAGCAAAGCGCCCCCACCGGAAACUCCGGGCGGCCCAUUGGCUGGAAUGUGGACAACAACUCACCGGUGAAGAAGCAAAAUGUCAACCCGGCCCACACGGCCAGUGCGCCGUACCCCCAGCAAAACUCCGGGGUUGGACAACCCGCUCCGGGAGGAUACAAUUAUGGACAAAGCCCGGCUGGUGGGUACAAUGGACAACACGCUCCCGGAGGUUACAAUCCGGGUUACCAAGCUGGUGGUUACAAUUAUGGACAACAAACUCCCGGAGGUUACCACGCCCCUGGCGGUUACAAUUAUGGACAACAAACUCCCGGAGGUUACAAUCCGGGUUACCAAGCUUCUGGGGGUUACCACGCUCCAGGCGGUUACAAUUAUGGACAACAAACUCCCGGAGGUUACAAUCCGGGUUACCAAGCUCCUGGAGGUUACCACGCUCCUGGCGGUUACAAUUAUGGACAACAAGGUUACAAUCCGGGUUACCACUCUUCCAUGGGGGGUUACGGCGGUUACUCCGGCGGCAUGUUUGGUAACAAAUAUGGCGGUUAUGGAGGUUAUGGCGGUUAUGGGAUGAAAAAAUCCGGGGGUUUCUUCGGUAAACACGCAUUUAGGAAUGUUUUAGGUGGCCUUUUCGUCUGGUAUUUAGUCUCAGGCCUUGAUUUUGUGUGUCACAAGUAUGACGUCGGCGAGUCCUUGUCAGGAUAA